CGUUGAGUCCCGCCUCACUCCGCGUCUGUUAGUAAAAGUGGGCGGAAGUGUCGGCCCUUUAUUUCAAAAACGGAGUGAUGUCAAACAACAGCGGCAGACUCUCUGACAAAGUCAGCUGUCUUCUAACCAGCUCAUUCAUCGCCUAUAAACCGGUCGGAGAAGAUAACUCGAAGCCCGCGACGUAGCCUAACCAUUCUGCAGAGGUCGUUCGGAGGCUUGAAAUGACAACAUCCUCGAAUGCCAUGAACGCAUCGCAGUUCUCCAGCCCGUUGCACCUGCAUGUAGUUAAUAUCAGAGGACUCGUGAAAGGAAAGUUUGGCUCUCAAAUACGAGCAUUUUUCAUGUGACUACUACAGAUCUUUUUGAAUGUAAGAUCAUAUCUGAACCAAGACCACGGGAGAGCUUCGUGUCAUUCAUGGACACGGGGAGGAACUUCGCGCAUUGAUCAGCCAUAAAAGAGGAUGUUUGUUUGUUGCUGUUGUUUUUUCCCCAUAUAAUUCUUGAUUGUGCAUAUAUUUUAUAAGAGAUGGCAUGGCAUCCCUGUUUUCUCCGCUGGUUCCGAUGGCUUCGGUAGGACGAUAUUAAUGUGGGUGGACCUUGGCGCAUCUCCAACGGAUAUUUUUUAGGGGGGCUGGAGGAUCGGGCUAUUUACUACAGCUUUGUAGUACUUUUUACAUCCAAACCAGCGGACAUCUAAACCAGGUUUUUUACGCUAGCACCAGAGAUAUUCUACCUCCUUUGUCAGGAUAUAAUGGCCGAGGACACAGCUAUAGAUAGGCUGAGCUCUGCAGCUGCGAUUGGCGAUCUUAAAGAAAUUGAGCAGACACUGCAAAGCAACGUGAACGUUAAUGAGAAGAACAAGUACGGCAGGACACCAUUACAGGUGAUGAAACUUGGCUGUCCGUGCAUAGCGGAGGCGCUGCUUCGAGCGGGCGCCGAUCCAAACGCGCGUGACCCCAUCCUAAGACUGACCAUCAGUCACGAUGCCGCGCGAGACGGAUAUCUGGAUACUCUACGGGUGCUCGCGCAGAACGGAGCUGAUGUCAAUCUCCCUGACAACGACGGCAACCUGCCUCUGCAUCUGGCGGCGCGUGAGGGACACCUGGCUGUUGUGCAGUAUCUCGUAUCUGACUGCAGCACGCCGCCUUUUGUGCCUAACGCAAAAGGCUACACGCCUCGUGACCUGGCGUUUAUGCACAAAAAACACAAAACUGUUGAGUGGCUGGAGAACAUUGCGCCUUCACAAUCCAGCUAGAGAUUAUGACUAUGGGCCUGUGUGUUUUGUUGUGUAACAGAGGUAGCAGACAAACGCUGAGUGAGCGAGUUAUUGCAUUGCAAACAUUUCAGCCAACUACCUCUCAUUGCAUUGUAAAAUAUUGGGCUCAGGGGCGUGUCUGUUUGUGAAGAACAAUUAACCUUUCAGUUGACUUUGCAUGUUAUUCACAUUGCCCCCAAUUUCAACUGGCUAAGUGGAUUUCAUUUUAUAUAU